CACGACUUCCGGUUGUAGCAAACAAGAGCGUUGUGCGCCUGUUGGUGGUUUUAUUGUGUGUUUUUCUGCAACAUUGCUUCUAUAUAACGUACACAUUCAGCAAACAUCUGACAUUGCCAUCCUUUAGGGCGGAUGCGCCUCCUGCAUUUUUCAAACUUAUCGAGCUUAGCUUAGCUCGCUAACGGCUAACAAAGAGGCGAGGAACUGAGCCGAACACGUCGAGAACACGAGGAGGAACUUUCUGGAAGAAACGAGUGAGAAGGAGCGACAACGUCAACUACUGGACGCUCUUUUCAACAAACUGCCGCACAAACAAUGGACACCAGGCCGACAGAAAGUUCCAGUGAAGAAGAGCCGGAGGAGCCACAGCCCCCCUACGUUAAAAAUGAAGAGGAGGAACACAGCAUCAGCCAGGCGAGGGUUGAAGGACUGGAGGGGUUCCCGCUGAUUCGUGUCAUCGUGAAGAGUGAAGAUGAUGAGGUCAGAGGUGAAGGUGAGGAGAAGAGAGAGGUGGAGAGACCAGGCAGCAGCUCAACUCAACACAUGACAACAGAAGCUGACGGUGGAGGAUCACAAGCAGACAAGAUCUUAGCUCCACUGUCAGAUAGUGAGGACACAACGUCUGAUGAUGAAGACUCUAAAGCUGAUCAGACAUCUCACGCUGACAACACACACUUCAAAUGUUUGCAAUGUGACAAAACCUUUGUCAACAAGAGAAACUUGUCCAGACAUAUGAGAUCUCACUCAGGACAAAAAACAUUCAUCUGCUCAUUCUGCGGUCAAGGAUUCUACGAGAACGCACAUCUGGUGAUACACACCAGGAUACACACGGGAGAAAAACCCUUUCCCUGCUCAGUCUGCAACACGAGUUUCCGUGUCCGCCCGUUGUUGAUUAAGCACAUGAGGACGCACACUGGAGAGAAACCUUUCACCUGCUCAGUGUGCGGUCGAAGGUUUGCUCAAAAGGGACAGUUGUUAACGCACGCACAAACACACACGGGUGAGAAACCUUUUGCUUGCUCAUUGUGCGGUCAAAGGUUCUCCAGGAAGGGAAAUUUGAGGACACACACGACAACGCACACUGGAGAGAGGCCAUUUUCCUGCUCGGUCUGCAACACCAGCUUCCGGGUUCAGUCGGGGCUGGCCCAACACAUGAAGACGCACACCGGGGAGAAACCUUUUGCCUGCUUGGUUUGUGGCAAGCGGUUUGCUCAAAAUACAAACUUGAUAACGCACACAAGAUCGCACACCGGGGAAAAACCUUUUACUUGCUCAAUAUGCAGCACGAGUUUUAGCUAUCAUUCGUCACUGAGUAACCACAUGAGGACACACGCUGCUAAAAGUGAUUAGCUGCAGUGUGGAGGACAUGAAGGUGUGACUCAGGCGCUGAUGUGGUGAAGUAUGUUUGUGUGUUUUACAAAUAUGUUACGAUAUUGUGGUUAACCUGUGUUGUAGCCCUCAGUUCAUUUCUGUGUUACUCUCGUUACGCAUGAAAGACUCUAGCACCUCAAUUCUGUAUGGGAAGGAAAACCAAAUAAAUGUUUCCUGGAAGAAAUAUUG